AUGUAUUCGGGGAACAUUAAUGAGUUAUUACAACUUAUCAGAAACAUAUCUCGACCUGCUGGCGAGAAUGCUAUCCACCAGGAGGAAGUGACACCAAUGAACAACGUUAACAUGAAGCGACAUAAGCGCUCAGCUACAGUGAGUGCUUGUGCUAUGCCUUGCUGCACAACUCAAACGACAGCAACAAAGAAAACAAAGAAAGGGAAAGCACAAAAAACAGAUCUUGGUACAUCAAGCCUUGAUAACGCUGGUGUUGAACAAUCCUCUGCAGACCGAUCUUCUGCUCAAAAGAAAAGAUCUUCAAGAAAUGCAAUUGCGCCUACACCCCUUUCUCACAGGCCGAACACAUCACAUAUGGAGGUGGAGGACAGUUCAGAGAGUGACAUGGACUCUGUGUCGAACCAGAGCCCAGUUGAAAUCGAUUCAUCGGAUUCCGACAGCGAUUACAUUGAUCCAAUGGCAGAUAUAUUUAACAAUCACUCACGCCUGGUGACAGGUACAAACACCUUUAGGUUUUCGGAGCCGGUGUCAACACCGAUUUCUUAUUCGGUUUCCAAAUCAAUAGCCAGAAAAAUCAAAUACAACAAAUUCAUAGAUUUUGCUAAUCUCCUACCGACAACAGGUUACCAAACACCCAGUUUCGCACUAACUAUUAACUCUAAGGAUCAACUCAGCUUAGCGCCCUCAAACAAUGCUAAGAAAAUUUAUACCAUUGAUUCCUGGACUUCCGCCUUCUUAAGGUUCGUAGCAAUAUACUCAAGCUACUACCCACAUGAAACUCCCCAACUCAUGAAAUAUGGGGAAAUAGUAAGGGAUUUGGCACACCGUCGUCCAGGCAUGGCCUGGUCAUUCUAUGACAGCCAAUUUCGGAUGUCCAGGGAGCACGCCAUCAUCCCAUGGGAUACUCUACACAUGGAAUUCUGGGUAAUGGCCACUACGCAACCAACCAUGUCAAACUUCUCUAAUGGUCAAUCUAAUCGUCCCUUUCGGGCGGGGUCCGGCAGGUUCCCUCGGAACACCAACUACAAAAGUCAAAGACAAUCCAAGUUCCUUGAUAACACCUGCUGGACAUUCAAUAAAAGAGGUCUCUGUAGAGAACCCAGAUGUCCACAUCCCCAUGUCUGCGGUUUCUGCAGAAAGUCCCACCAUUCCGGUCACUGCUCAUUCCACAGCAAAGAGCAGGCCUCUACCACAACCGGUGCACAAACAAUCGUUCCAACUGGAACCACCUAAUCCCAUCCCAUCAGAAAGAAAUAAGUCGAGUGUUCAAACCCCUAUUCAAAUUCAAAAACUGAGCGAAUAUCUUACAGGUUAUCUUCAUAAAACAUAUUUGAUUAAAGGUUUUUCAGAAGGGUUCAAACUAGGUUAUUUAGGACCUCGAUUACCCUCCUCCUGCUCAAACCAAAUCGUGCUCAGAUUAUCCGGACAUCAUCUGUGACAAGUUACAGGAGGAAAUUCAAGCAAAAAGACUUAAAGGUCCCUUCUGUAUGAGACCAUUUCCAUCUCUGCAAAUUAGUCCUAUUGGUUUGGUUUCCAAAAAGUCCGGAGAUUUUGUUUAAU